AAGAAAAGAGCAAAAACAUACAACAGCCGGUGUUCGCCAGUGGUCACCCACCUGACUACUAAUCUGCCGGUUAGUGGGUUGUCUAGGGGGGAGCGGACGGGACCCCGAAUUCUCCACUACCUAUGGUCGUAUGUGAACGAGCUUGGAAGCAAACCAGUCUAUAGA